AUGCAAACAAAGGAAUGUCGUAUUUCAGAUGUUGAAGACACAGAUGAAGAGAGCGAAUGGGAUUAUGAAAGCAGUAGUGAGAACGAAGAAGAUUACUCUGAAGAAUACAAUUACUUUGACCCCACCAAGAUUACGACAUCAUUACCUCUCUUGCCUUUCAAAAAUCAAGUGGGUGGGCACGCGUCCUUCUUUCGUUUUUCAAAGCGAGCGAUAUGUAAACCUGUUUCAGCCAGGGAACAAGAGUUUUAUGAGCACAUUGACUCUCGGCACCAUGAAUUGUUGCCCUUCACUUCCCAAUAUAUGGGUGUCUUGAACGUGACCUAUCGACAUAGCAAUUCGAAUGAUAUGCUCGUGCCAGAGGUCCUGUUUGAAAAAAAUAAGCAUCUCUUGCGUGAUUGGCGUGCUUGUGCAUAUAACAAGAAAAAUCGUGAUAUCAAACGACGACACUCUGGAUCAUGGGAUGAUGGUUGUCGGAAGCGAUUUCAAGAGCAAGUUCUUCGUGAAGUGUUCUCACCCAAGGCUCUCAAGGAACGAUUGAUCCAAGCUGAAGAUUGGAGACGAAAAGUCAAGGCGAAUCAACCGGAAUUGAUGCAUAGCUUUUCAGAACAUUUUCCAUCUAAACAGCAACAACAUUAUUCCCUUGUUGAGGGUGGCCGAUCGAUGCCCAACAUAUCUGGAUUCAAACAGGAAAGCUCAAUUGAUCAAAUGACGAUUGAGCCCAGACGGCCGUCGAUGAUCAAUUCGACCGGUUCGUCUCCUCGUUUGCAACAUAAAAAGAAUUUAUCAGAGGAUGAGAAUAUCUUUGUGAUGGAUGAUAUUUUGAUAGAGAAGAAAAAGACUAUCGAAUCACCCAAGGCGCCUCCGCCCGUUCUUCAGGUUGAUUCGUCUUGUCUUCAGCAGAUUCAAGUAGAUCAGACGACAGACAAUCCAUGGUCAUUACAGAUCUAUAAUCGUGAUCUCCAGCGUAUAAAGAGUAGAAAACAGUCAAGUGAACAAAAGUAUAUACUGAUUGAGGACCUGACAGAUGGAGUCAAGUAUCCUUGUGUGCUCGAUCUCAAGAUGGGUACUCGUCAGUAUGGCGUCUAUGCGAGUAGAGAAAAGAUGAAGAGCCAGACGAUAAAGUGUGAAAAGUCAACAAGUAAAGUGUUGGGUGUUCGUGUGUGUGGUAUGCAGGUUUACAAGACGGAUACUAAUGAAUUUAUCUAUCAAGAUAAAUAUUAUGGCCGUACACUCACUCCCUACACCUUUCGUGAUACGCUACAAGCCUAUCUUGAUAAUGGACAAGGCUGUCAAAUACAACAUAUACCCGUGAUUAUACGCAAACUGAGAAGGUUAGCAAGAAUAGUGAAGACGAUGUCGGACUAUCGAUUCUAUGCAUCCUCUUUACUGAUGAUCUAUGAUGGAGAUCCGACUAGUUCGCGUAAAGUGGAUGUAAGGAUUAUUGACUUUGCUAAUUGUGUAACUGUGGAUGAAGUUAAAUAUCAUUAUAAAGAAUUUACUUAUCCACCAAGAAAUAAAGGUCCAGAUAAUGGAUACCUUUUAGGCUUAAAGACGUUAGCUCUUUGUUUUGAGUGGAUCUAUAAAGUUCAAGGUGGAUCUCCAGAUGAUUUAUAUGUAGAAGGUGAUGACGUAUUUUGUGAUAUUUUUGAACCUGCAAAUGAUGAAAUACUGGCUACUCUAUUACCUCCCCAUUAA